AUGUCGGACAAGAAAAGUCAAAAAUUGAAUUGGAAGGAACUUAUUAAAACUUGCCAUUUACAUGGUUACAAUCUUAUAAAGCUUGAUUUAGAGAGAGCUUUAGAAGAACAAGAGGAAUUUCAUGUUUUUCUUCAUAAAUUAACUGAUGUUAUAGCAGCGGCAGAUCAAGGCGAUCCCAAAGCUUCUGGGAUCAUAAACAAUGUAGAGCAGUACCUGUCUAAUCAUCCAAAUAUCAUAGUAAUUGAUCCAUUAGAUAAUGUUAGAAUACUUUUAAAUAGAUAUUGUUAUUAUUCUUUAUUAAAAGAGGAACCUGCAUUCCGAAGUCGUGGAAUUUUUACUCCAAGUUUUGCUGAGUUCACAACAUGCAAUAUUGAGCAGAAUAUGGAAUUAAUGAGACAGAGAGGUGUUACAUUCCCUGUUAUAUGCAAACCAACAAUAGCACAUGGCUCUAAAUCGGCUCAUGAAAUGGUCUUGGUAUUUAACAAAAGAGGCUUGAUUGUGUGCAAGCCACCAUGUGUUGUUCAAAGUUUGGUGAACCAUAAUGCAGUCUUGCACAAAGUGUUCCUAAUCGGAAAUAAGUAUCACAUAUGCAAGCGUCCUAGCCUUAAAAACUUUUAUGCUUCUGAGGAUUUGGAACCUAUAUUUUACAGCACUGGUGAAGUUUGUAAAGCUGAUAGUCAGUCCACACUUUCUAUUUUGGAUCCUCAUGACAAAGCAGACAUAAAAAUGACCCUUGAUGAAAAUAAGAUAAAGGCUAUCAUAAAAGUGUUAAGAAACAAAAUUGGCUUACUUCUUGCUGGGUUUGAUGUGGUUAUAGAUAACACAUCAGGCGUCAUCGAG